AGCACUGGGUGCAGUAUAAAAGCCUUGCACCACCCACCCCUCAGCUCUCGAGUCCUGCGUUCCUCCAGAGUGCACUCGUUUUUCUUCCUCACCGCCUCUCACAUCCCACUAUCACCAUGAGCUACUACAUGCCCCAGGCCUCUCACAUUUCCUUCAGCCGGUCCACGCCAGGGUCGUAUCGUGCUCUCAGCACGUACGGCGGCGCAGGAGGGCAAGGUACAAGGAUCUCCACCGCUUCUGGGUACGGCGGCCUGCGCUCCUUGCCACCGGGCACCGCCGUCUCCUCCUCCACGGCCUUUAAGGUGAGCUCUGCGUCCACGGGACUGGGCGUGGGGGCAGGCACAGGCACUGGGUCCUUCAGAACAGCAGGCGCCUCAGCAGGGGUUUCUGCCGGAUCUGUCCUGGGCAAUGAGAAGGGCCAGAUGCAGAAUCUGAAUGACCGUCUGGCCUCCUACCUGGAGACGGUGCGCAAGCUGGAGCAGGAGAACAGCGCGCUCGAGCAGAAGAUCAAGGAGGCCAUGGAGAAAGCAGGGCCAGACACACGUGACUACAGCAAGUACAAUGCCAUAAUCGAUGACCUGAGAAAGAAGAUAUUUGAUGCCACUGUGGACAAUGCAAGUCUUGUCCUGCAGAUCGACAACGCUCGUCUGGCUACAGAUGAUUUCAGAGUCAAAUAUGAAAAUGAGAUGGCAAUUAGGCAGUCAGUGGAGGCAGACAUUGUAGGUCUGAAGAAAGUCAUUGAUGACACCAACAUGGGUCGCAUGAACAUUGAGGCUGAAAUUGAGGCUUUAAAAGAAGAGCUUGUCUUCCUCAGGAAAAACCAUGAUAAUGAUGUUGCAGAUCUGCGUAAUCAGAUUACCCAAUCAGGCGUGCAGGUGGAUGUUGAUGCUCCAAAGGGGCAAGACCUAGCCCAGGUCAUGGAGGAGAUUAGGACAAACUACGAGAGGCUGGCACUCAAAAAUGCAGAGGAGCUCAAAAUGUGGCAUGAGAAUCAGAUAGCAGAGGUGCAGGUACAGGUAUCUCAGAACACAGAAGCUCUACAAGGAGCUCAGACGGAGAUAAAUGACCUGCGAAGACAGAUCCAGACACUGGAGAUAGAGCUAGCUUCCCAACAAAGCCUAAAAGCAUCUCUGGAGGACACACUUCGGAACACAGAGCUACAUGCCAAUGCAGAGAUGGAGAAAUACAACACUAUCAUCCUGCAGCUGGAGGGAGAGCUGGCGCAGCUAAGGGCCAAGAUUACUGAGCAAGGCCAGGAGUAUGAAGCCUUGCUCAACAUGAAGAUGAAACUGGAGGCCGAGAUUGCCACCUACAAGAGCCUUCUGGAUGGGGGAGAUCUUAAACUCCAAGAUGCACUGGAGUGAGUGACAUCACAGAUGCAGGUUGUAAAGGUGAUGAUUGAAAGGGUCAAAUCCACAAAAAUGUAAACUAAUUUCAAAACGUGAAAAUCUGCAUGAAACCCUUCAGAAAAUGCUUUGCCAAAUUCCUCUGAAAGGGCACUGAAAAUGAUGGUUUUAAACAUUUCCACUAGAUGUUGUCUGUGAAGAAACAGUGAAUAAACUUUAAAGUCGAUCACUUUUAACAAUAAGGCCCCAACUAGUUUUGAAAUAGUAAAUAAUGUGAAAAAUUAAUUUAGCCUCUGUGAACACCUUUCAUAAGUUCAAUUGGGUAAAGAUAAAAUAAACCAUGUUCUGAAAAAAAA